GAAGAGGACAGACUGCCUGAGAGUCUCAGCACUCAGACGUCAUGUUUGUUAGUCUCCACAGCGCACUUUUCUUCACAAUGCUGCUGUCCUUUGUGCUUUCCCGAGGCUUCUGCCAGCUUGCGGCGGAAGUGAACCGCAGGUCUUGCCCGACCUUUAGCUCUGCUUUACGGGCUUUUACAACCUCAGGUCCCAAAUGCGGAGAGGCAUCCGACAAUGGUUUAGUGGUGACCUACUCACAGCUGAAGACCAUGCUGUCCAACAGAGACAUUCAGCUGUUUGAUGUGAGAAACCCGGAUGAAUUCCAAGCUGGACGCAUUCCAGAUGCUGUCAACCUCCCAUUGGGCAACCUGGAGGAGUCUCUGAAGCUGUCCCCAGAGCGCUUUCAGCAGAUGUUUGAAGUGAAGGCUCCUGGGAAAGAUGACGACAACAUCGUGUUUCACUGCAGGAGUGGGAAAAGGAGCCUCACAGCGCUGGACAUUGCCCAUCGGCUGGGGUUUAGCAGGGCGAGACAUUAUAAAGGAGGGUACAUUGACUGGGAAGAGCAAGAAGGAAAAUGAACCCGGACUGAACCGUGGUGCUUAAGUUCCAGAUUUUUAUUAAGAAUACAGGUAGUGCAAAAAAACAAACUACAAAACAUAAAUCAGAGGUGUUUGUUACCCUUGAGCAACAUUCAGUUGACUGCUUAUAAGUUACAAAUUACAUUCACAUUGACUGUUUCUUUAUAAGUUACAUAUUUCAUUCACAUUAACUGUUACUUUAUAGAUUAAAAAAAACACUUUAAAGAUCAAACUUCUUCGCUGUGUUACAUUUUUUUAGCUACUGAUUUGACUGAUUUUGUAAUAUGCUGUGCAUCCUUUUUAUUCGGUGAUUAAUGACAAACCGGUUAAUGUACAAGUGCUUAAUGUUGAUUAAAUUAUAUACAAAUUUCAA